GUCUGGAAUGAAAAAAAAGGGCAUUGCUAACUUGUUUUAAUAUAUGAAAAACUAUGAUAAUAUAUAAGGAACUUCUGAAGUCAGUAGGGAAAUGUACUGUAGACCAGUUAUUUUGCAGCUGACAUCUAUAAGGAAGAUCUACAGCUAGUUAAACUGGUUUUGGCACAAUCAUCUUGUGUUACAUGCCUUAUCUCUUUUAAUUUCUCAGGUGCAUCUGAUUACCUACUGGAAAUACUUUGAAGCCUCAACAAUGAACUUGGUGUUAACAUUACUCUUUUCUGGAAUAGUUGCCUGUUGUGCUCACUCUGCUGAUGAUUCGGUGUCCAGAUUACUUCUGGUGUCUUUUGAUGGCUUCCGGGCUGACUACUUGGAAACCUAUAAGCUUCCUCAUCUUCAGGAGUUCAUUGCAGAUGGUGUCCUUGUAAAAGAAGUUACAAAUGCUUUUAUCACCAAGACUUUCCCAAACCAUUAUACCAUAGUGACAGGCUUGUAUGAAGAAAGUCAUGGCAUUGUGGCUAAUGACAUGUAUGAUGCAGAAGCCAAGAAAAACUUUUCACAGUUCAAUGAUUCAGAUCCCUUCUGGUGGAACGAGGCAGUUCCAAUUUGGGUAACAAAUCAACAGCAGGGAAAUGGAGCAAGUGCUGCUGCAAUGUGGCCUGGUUCCGAUGUAAAAAUUAAUGGCACAACCCCUCAGUUCUUUAUGAAGUAUAACUUUUCAGUAACGUUUGAGGAGAGAGUGGAGAAAAUUGUUGAGUGGCUGAACAGCUCUAACCCGGUUGUCAGUUUUGCUGUGUUAUACUGGGAAGAACCAGAUGCAAGUGGGCACAAGUAUGGACCAGAUGACAAUGAGAACAUGCGCAAAGUAUUAGAAGAAGUGGAUAAACACGUUGGUUUCCUUAUUAGUAAACUGAAGGCAUUAGGUCUGUGGGACUCUGUUAAUAUUAUAAUAACAAGUGAUCAUGGAAUGGCUUCCUGUUCUGCAGAGAAGCUGAUAAUCCUGGAUGACUGCAUUGGUCGCAAUAAUUACACUCUGAUAGACAAGAGUCCAGUUGCUGCACUGAUACCAAAGCAGGACAAAAGAGUUGUGUAUAACUUGCUGAAAAAUUGCAGCAGUCACAUGAAGGUGUAUCUCAAAGAAGACAUUCCAGAUAGAUUCCAUUAUCGCAAUAAUAACAGAAUUCAACCCAUAAUUCUGGUUGCAGACGAAGGCUGGACCAUUGUACAGAACGAGUCACUUCCAAAGUUAGGUGACCAUGGCUAUGACAACACUCUCCCAAGCAUGCACCCAUUCCUGGCUGCUCAUGGGCCUGCUUUUCGUCAAGGAUACAAGCAGAGCAUGAUGAACAAUGUUGACAUUUACCCCAUGAUGUGCCACAUCCUGGGACUGAUGCCAGAGCCCCACAAUGGCACUUACAGUAACUUCAGGUGCUUGCUUGCUGACCAGUGGUGCAAAAAUCUUCCAGAAGUUAUUGGGAUAGUUAUUGGGGCUUUUAUGAUACUGACAACUUUCACCUGCCUUAUUAUAAUCUCAAAGAACAAAGCUGCUCCCCAAAGGCCAUUUUCCCGCCUUCAGUUACAAUAUGAUGAUGAGAGUCUUUUAAUUGGAUAGCAGGCAGGGAGCUUCACCUCACCUGCUCUCCAGUGAUGUCAGAAAAGAGUCUGAACUUGCACUGGAUGGCAUUCUUUGAUGCACUUUAACAACAUCUGUAUAAAAUGCUGUACAGCCAGGUCUCACAUACUCGUUUGUAUGUGCUACCUGAUGAGUAGUUCUGUAAGAAUAUUUUUCACAACAGGAGGUGGCUUUCUGCUGGAAGAGAUGCUUAACAAAAUAAGGAUGCUUUAGUUUUUUCAUCCAAGGUUUUGAAUGCUUUCAGAACUAAAUUCCAGCUAAUUAACUAGCCAGGACAGCCUAAGUGAAUUUUAACAUGUGUAAGUUACACUUUGUUUUUGUUUGGAUUAAAUUUAAAUUAAUGUUGACAUCCAGUGUUCUUACAACUGUAUUGGAAAGAUCUUUUUUAAUGAGUUAGAAGUUAGUUGUGUUUGGACAUUGUUCUGAUUUGUUAAUGUGUUUGGAGAUGGUGAAGAGAGCAUCCAAUACUUCUAUUUUCACUCUGAGCCAGCAACAGGGCAAGGAGCU